UUUCGCGUUGUGCUCGGAUAUUUAAAUUUGAAGUGCUUGUGUUUGUGUACGUUAUCUUAUUGCUUGUAAAUAGUCGGCUGACAUGCUGCCGUCUGCUAAAGGCGCUCGUGCCCUAUACGCGCACUCACAGCGUGUGCAGCUGGGCAACUACACAUGUAACGUAGUUUCGUUUCGUUGCCAAAAAAAUUGUUUCGCCGUUUAGUCAUUGGUAAAGAGUAUGAACAUAUAUAUAUUUUGCUUUAAUUUUCAGGCGGCCACCUACCGAUAAGAGCAGGAAAGUCUUGCCUGCAUACACAAAUAUGCUAAUAUUAUACACACGUACAUAUAUUUUUAAUAAUACUUCUAAGGGGUAUUAUUGGGUUAUCAAUUAAUAUUAAAUUUUUUUUUAUGUACCCACAUAAAUGGUUUUAUUAUAUAUGUUUGUGUUUUAAUAUCGUUAAUAAUACAAUUAAUUUUUUUCUGAUUUUUAGGUGCCUGGUGGCAUGCUUAUAACCGGCGACAUGUUACCCUUUUAUCGCACCGUACCUGCCGUUUCAUCAAUCAGUCAUUCAACGCUAUAGUCAACUAUACAAAUUGUAAUGCGAAUUCACCGACUACAGUCACACAGUUGGGCGUUGCGUAUGUGUCGGCGGCUACCUCGGCAUUAGUACUGUCAAUAUUUCAGGUAGUAAACCAUUUUUUGUUUCUUUGUUCACUUUACGAAACUGUCUAAACUUGCCUUCUACGUCACAGCGUUUUAUGCUGUCAAAGUGAAGGGUGGGAAUGGUAACAUUGUGGGGCACAGCCGCUUAGCUGCCAUAAAUAUUACUAUGGGAGCACCCGGCAUGCUGAUAUUGCCGUUUAAUAUGCAACGUUUGGAGAAAAUACCGGCUUAUCGGCGCAUACGUUGGAUGGACUGCUUUUUGCUGUUCAUGGUGCCCACAGCUUGGGCUAUUUUCCCACAAAACUGUUCGUUGAAAACGUCCACAAUCAAAUUACUACAAGACUAAAUGUCGCAUACCGCAGCAUUUCAAUAAGGGCUUAUAAAUGUGUCGCCUAACUCAAUUUGAUUAAGAACACCAGAUAAUAUUAAGUCAAUGGGUUGCUGACGCGUGGUGAAAGUGUUUCCACUCACCUGGCACGGCAUUUAUAAGGAAAUCGUAUACAAUAACCGUGAAUUACUGCUGCUGAAAAUGCCUCCAGGCUAGAAAUAUGAAUUCAGUAUCAUUUUUAGUCAAAGUAAAUGCGCAUUUGUAGAUGUGAUUUAGUUUUAAUUUUAUGUUUUCUUUGUUUCUUAAAUCUUUGUAUAUUAUUGUAUUAUGGCACUGGUUUCUUUUUGUUGUAAACUAUUAGUGAGUUUGUGAUGUUAUUAAAUUUAUCAUUGCGGUUCGUCUUCACCCUCAAGCAGUGAUUUGUCUACUAAAGUCAUGGAAUUUCUCCGUUUUGAAUAACCGAUAUUCUACGUGUGCGGUAAUUGUUGGAAAUAUUCCAACAAAAAAAAAACAAAGAUCCGGGAGCUUGGUUGGGGCGUUCUUAUGCAUCCACUUUAUUGUGUACGAUCCCAAAAAGUGUACCGUUGAUACGGUUACCAACUUUCAAAACUGUUGUUCAGCUUUUUGAUUUGGUUUGGUAAUUAUGGCAUCUUCACUUUGAACGUUUUCUCGACGUGUCGGGGACUUUUUACUAAACAACUUUAAAAAUAUUGUAGUUGAUAAUUGUUUAGUUUUUAAUCGUUGGGGUUCUUAUUUGAUAUAGGGUGCGUUCGAGAUGGCAAUCACUACAGCAGUGUUGCUAAUUUGUAAUAGUAUCACGUUCUACUGUCACUUUA